CCAUCACUCUCCACCGCUCCACACGCCCUGAACCCUGGCUGGCGUCACGGAAUCCGCCUGCAGCUUCCAAGUCCAACGCCUCACCGCCUUCCCCCGAUGACUCCUGAUUGGUGGGAGUGGGAGCCACUCUGCUGCCCCCCCUCCACCGCCCUUUUCACGUUAUUCCGCCCAGUGGAGAACUCAGGCUCCUCCUCUUAGCUCCCUCCCCUCGCUCCAGCUCUUCAGCUAAUUGCCCGGCAGCGCGCGCCCUAAAGUUCUAGGCGAAGUAUUGAGAACUGGUCGCGGGGAUCGCACACCGGCCAGUAGCAGGGGACCAGGGACCCCGGCACCAGGAGAGCUGGUGCACUGCGCGGGCUCUCGCCCACCAUCUGUCUGCGAGCAGCGCUCGGCGCCCCAGUCUCCUGCGGCUGGUGCUGGAACUGCCGUCGGCUGAGACUUGCAGGGACCCGAGAAGCCCGGUUUGCGUCCUUCUCGGUCUGAAGCACGCACUGGGGAAUCGAGAAGCGUCCCCAGCAGCGGAACACUUAGAGUAAGCAAUUGAAGUUGAGAGUCCCGCCCAGAGGAAGUGACGCUGAUCUACAAAGAAGAUUUUCAGAGGAGAAAAGCUACAAAGACUUUGAGAGCAGACCAGCUGCCUCGAAGAAGGGAAGGGGAGAUCAGACCGACUGCCUAGAAGAAACAGAAGCCAGGCUGCCUCUAAGAGUCACUUAGACACUUUGCAAUCUGACUGUGCAAUAAGUUCCAGGUUCGCAGCUAUGUGAGCUGUCACCCAUGCUGGGCUGGGCCUUGGUGAUGCAGCUGUCUUUGAGUCAUUUCUGCUCCUGUCUGUCCUGUGUCAGCGAAGACCACGAGAAGAGAGUCAUGCAACAUUGAUCAUACUGCCUGCCUUCUUUCGGAAGUAUUGAACUUAUUCAGAGAUUUCCUCUGAGACUUCCAGAAUGGCUUCUAAACACAUUGGGUAAGAGCUGGCACCUGCCUGCGAGGACUUCAUACUCUCAGCUCCACCAUCUUCCCAUGGCAUUUUGACUGCGCUGAGCCCAAAGGACCAGCUCUUCACAAUGAGUGACGAGAAGAAUCUCGGUGUGUCUCAAAAGUUGGUUUCACCUUCAAGAAGCACAAGUAGUUGCUCCUCCAAGCAAGGAAGCCGGCAGGACAGCUGGGAAGUCGUGGAAGGAUUGAGAGGGGAAAUGACUUACACCCAGGAGCCGCCAGUGCAGAAAGGAUUUUUGCUGAAAAAGAGGAAGUGGCCCUUAAAAGGCUGGCACAAGAGAUUCUUCUGCCUGGAAAAGGGAAUCUUGAAAUAUGCCAAGAGCCAAGCUGAUAUUGAGCGGGAGAAGUUGCAUGGCUGCAUUGACGUGGGGCUCUCUGUGAUGUCUGUGAAGAAGUCGUCUAAGUGUAUCGACCUAGACACGGAGGAGCACAUCUACCACCUGAAGGUGAAGUCAGAAGAACUCUUUGACGAGUGGGUGUCCAAGCUCCGUCACCACAGAAUGUACCGGCAGAAUGAGAUCGCCAUGUUUCCCCGGGAUGUCAAUCACUUUUUCUCAGGGUCCUCUGUCACAGAUUCUGCCCCAGGAGUGUUCGAGUCAGUUUCCAGUAGGAAGCGUAGCAGUCUAUCAAAGCAGAAUUCAUUUCCACCCGGAAGCAAUUUGUCAUUUUCUUGUGGUGGCGACACUCGAGUUCCUUUCUGGCUACAGUCUUCAGAGGACAUGGAAAAAUGUUCAAAAGACAUGGCACACUGCCAUGCCUACCUGCUGGAAAUGAGCCAGCUCUUAGAAAGCAUGGACGUCCUGCAUCGGACAUACUCGGCGCCAGCCAUCAACGCCAUCCAGGGUGGAGCUUUUGAAAGUCCCAAAAAGGAAAAACGACCACACAGGAGGUGGCGGUCCAGAGCUAUUGGCAAAGAUGCUAAAGGAACGCUGCAGGUCCCUAAGCCUUUUUCUGGCCCUGUGAGACUGCACUCCUCCAAUCCUAACUUGUCGACGCUGGACUUUGGAGAAGAGAAGUCUUACUCGGAUGGUUCUGAAGCCUCGUCGGAGUUCUCCAAGAUGCAGGAGGAUCUGUGCCAUGUCGCCCACAAAGUUUACUUCGCUUUAAGGUCGGCUUUCAAUAGCAUAUCGGUGGAGAGAGAGAAACUGAAGCAGCUGAUGGAGCUGGACACCUCCCCCUCCCCCUCCGCUCAGGUCGUCGGGCUGAAGCACGCUCUGUCAUCCGCCCUAGCACAAAACACAGAUCUUAAAGAACGCUUACGCAGAAUCCAUGCGGAAUCUCUGCUCCUCGACCCGCCCGCUGUUCCCAAGCCGGGGGACAACCUGGCAGAGGAAAACUCCAGGGAUGAGGGCCGAGCCCUGGUGCACCAGCUCUCCAAUGAGAGCAGGCUGUCUAUCACCGACUCCCUUUCUGAGUUCUUCGAUGCCCAGGAAGUUCUGCUGUCUCCUAGCUCUUCAGAAAACGAGAUUUCUGAUGAUGAUUCAUACGUCAGUGACAUAAGUGAUAAUCUGUCCUUAGACAACCUCAGUAAUGAUUUAGACAAUGAAAGACAGACCUUGGGGCCUGUUCUCGAGAGUAGUGGGGAAGCCAGAUCCAAAAGGAGGACCAGCUUGCCGGCACCGGGUCCCAACACCAGUAGCGUUAGCUUGUGGAGCAUCCUGCGCAACAACAUUGGGAAGGACCUGUCCAAGGUGGCCAUGCCGGUGGAGCUGAACGAGCCCCUGAACACGCUGCAGCGGCUCUGCGAGGAGCUGGAAUACAGCGAGCUUCUGGACAAGGCCUCGAGAAUCCCCAGUCCCCUGGAGAGGAUGGUGUACGUAGCAGCCUUCGCCAUCUCCGCAUAUGCAUCCAGCUACUUCCGAGCAGGCAGCAAGCCGUUUAACCCGGUCCUUGGAGAAACGUACGAAUGCAUCCGACAGGACAAGGGUUUCCAGUUUUUUGCCGAGCAGGUCAGCCACCACCCACCUAUCUCCGCCUGCCACGCUGAGUCCGGAAACUUUGUUUUCUGGCAAGAUGUGAGAUGGAAAAAUAAAUUCUGGGGUAAAUCCAUGGAAAUUGUCCCGAUUGGCACAACCCACGUGACUCUGCCUGCUUUUGGAGAUCACUUUGAGUGGAACAAAGUAACCUCCUGCAUCCACAACAUCUUGAGCGGACAGCGAUGGAUCGAGCACUAUGGCGAAAUUGACAUCAAGAACCUGAAUGACGACUCCUGCCACUGCAAAGUGAACUUCAUAAAGGCUAAGUACUGGAGCACUAAUGCCCACGAGAUCGAAGGCACGGUGUUCGACCGCAGUGGGAAGGCUGUGCACCGGCUGUUUGGGAAAUGGCACGAGAGCAUCUACUGUGGCGGCGCCUCCUCUUCCACAUGCGUCUGGAGAGCAAAUCCCAUGCCGAAAGGCUAUGAGCAGUAUUAUGGCUUCACACAGUUUGCACUAGAGUUAAAUGAAAUGGAUCCUUUGUCAAGGUCUUUAUUACCACCCACCGACACUCGGUUUAGACCAGAUCAAAGGCUUCUAGAGGAAGGGAACAUAGAGGAGGCUGAGGUUCAGAAGCAGAGGAUCGAGAAGCUGCAGAGAGAGCGGCGGAGGGUCUUGGAGGAGAACGGUGUGGAGCACCAGCCCCGGUUUUUCAGGAAAUCCAGUGACGAUGCUUGGGUAAGCAAUGGGACCUACCUGGAACUGAGGAAAGACCUUGGCUUUUCCAAGUUGGACCAUCCCGUCUUAUGGUGAAAUGUAAAAGAGAAGGAGAUUUCCUGUAACUUUGCCCACAUUUGCUUCCGGAAGCAGCGCACAGCUGUCUGUAUGUUUAAAAGAUAGCAUCUAGAAUGAUCACUUGUGCUUAGCGUAGCAUUGUAAGCGCUGAAGUAUAUAUUUUCUUCAGUAAGUCUCUUUAAAAUUUCAAGUGUUAUCAUGAUUGUUUAUAUGAAUGUAGAACACCUCGGUAUUUCUUUUUAUAUAUAUAAACUAUUUAAUAAAAAUGAAAGAUUGAAUGUUAAUGUGUGGGUUACAAAAAAAAAAACAUUUAACACUAAUUUUCCAGAGGUAAGGGGGAAAUUUCAAAUUUAUGCCUUAUAAAAUCACACUGGAAAAAAAUUGUCCCAGAUGCGUUAAGAAAUAAUAACACCCAGGGAUACUCACCCAUGCAUAGCUACCCAGGGUUAAUUGGUAGCUGGGAUAUCUUUUCGCCUCAGACAGCUCUUCGAUUGCUCAUACAGAACAAUUCUGCCGGUGCUGAAGUACCAAGAAUGUUUUCAUUUGCAUUUUCCUGGUUAAGAAAUCUGUAUAAAGUUAGUGAGAUGCAUAUUCUUUAUAUAAGGUGGGCAUCAAGCAACCAGAAGUGCAAACUUCCCUCCCUUUACUUCUGUUGCCUUGUGUAUAAAACUGCCCCCAGCUUGCCUAGAGACGUUGCCUUCAUCAGAGAAGACUCCAUUAAUUCAGUGUCCCAAUGGUGUCCUAGGGAGGCAGCAGACGUUUCGUUUGUCCUCAGUAAGAGCUGAAUCCUUAAAAAUUUAAGAAACUACUUUCAGCUUCCUGCUCCACCCCUGGCUUGCAAGCCCUCUUUUUGGCCCCUAUUGAGGAUGAAAUGUCUCUCAUUUAGUAUAAACAGUAACAGCCCACGGCAGUGUGACCUUCUAAACUUCAGCGAAGUCACUGGUGGCUUUAAAUAACCCAGCGUUGUUCCUCCACACGGCUUUGGUACUCUCUACCUCUUACCGAGCACCGCCCUUUUGACCUUGUAUAGCCAGUUUGACCAUCUGCCUUAUAGACAAACAUUGCUGUUCUUCUAUGUCGUCCUCUUGAGAAAGCUGCAAGGGUUUACCUCUUUCCUUGACUCUCUUCUUAUUUGUAAUACUCUGAGUUCUGCAUCUGUCUCAGACAGGAGCUACCAAAGGGAAACUGUUGUUCUUAUAAGUGUCUUACUUUAAAUCAUGAUAAUAGAAUGUGCACAGUAGCUGAAUUGUGUUAUCAAAACAACUCUGACUUCUGCCCAGAGCACAUUAAAACCAAAGUCUGAUUGUUAAGCCUUUGACUCGGAUGUCUGUAGCAGUUCUAUGAAACAUUGCGUGUAAUGAUAGGGUAAAGAGAUUUCUAUAGAACGAAUUUGGGAGGCCAGUGAGAUCGGCUCGGCAGGCACAGGCACUUAUUGUGUGAACCUGGCACUGGGUCCAGUCUCCAGGACCUAUCUAAAAGAUAGAAGGAAAGAGCCAACUCCCAGAGUUGACCUGUGUCACACCAGAUAACCAACUGCACUGCUGAAGUUUUCACAAGUGGAGUGUUGAAGGUGAAUCAGUAGUCUUUGGAGUCUACAAGUGACUGUCAUUUUAAGCAACUCAUUAAAUAUUGGUUCAUUUUUUUUCCAUGUUGUGGAGACACCAAGAUGAACGCAGCAUGAAUCUCAUUUCCAUUUCUAAGCAGCUGGGUGGUGCGGCGAUUCUUUAGUUCCUGUUUUGUUUUUUUUCCUUUUCAAGCGCUAUCCACAUCUGACCACAGGCUGGAGAUGUAAGCAGGGAUCUCGGCAGGGAAACAAACCCGAGAGGACACGUGGGAUUUCAGCAAUACUGACUGUGAAGUAGGCCUGCUCGAGAGGCCGCCCCAAAGGAGAAGGAAAAUGACAAAAAAAAAAAAAAAAUCCCACAAAAUCGAGAAUGUAUCCCCAGAAUCAGUACAGCCAGUUGUUUGAACAUUCUUAAAGUAUCUCGUGGUAUAAUUUCUGUUGACUUCAAGCUUUAAUUUGGAUCCACACCUACAGCUGACCCAAAUGUCUCCUCUGUAGUCAUCUUAUUUGGAUCAGGGAGAAGCAUGAACAAAAAUAUGUUCCAGAACCAUGUGCAAGCUCUGUAAGUCACUGCCCGUGUCUGGAUGAAGGGCUUUCGGAAUGUAGAUGGUCAGGAGGUGCAUGCUGCUAUGUGAAUCUUAAAACUCCCUGCUGGAGGGAGGAGGCUGCUACAUUCCUCUCGUUCUGUCUCACACACUCUUCCUCCGAGUUUGUGUGUCUAGAACUUGGAUGUUUCCAUAAGGAAAACAGAACUGUGGUAUUGUUUCGAGAAGAAUUAAGUAAAGUUUAAUCUUUCUGAACUCCUGACUUACUCCAGUACACAAUGCCAAUCGCUGCACCAUUUGAUGUGCAUGUUUCAGCCCCUUUCAUUCUAAUUAUCCUAUUUCAAGUUUAUGGUAAGUCACAGAUGUUCUCCCAGUAGCAGGACCUUGUGCUAACCACAAACUGCACCUUCUCAGUACUCACAACCCCGAUCUGCAAGGUAUCGUUAAGGAAUGAGUAUCUUCAGUGUGGCAAAGGAGUAGUGUAGUUCCCUCCACAGGCCCUGUCGUAAUAAAAGCCUCAGUGCAGCUUCUUCCUGCAGUUCACAUCUUGAUGCUAGGAUGCUCCUGGUACUAACUAAACAUUGGCAGUUCACAUCCCAGACACCAGGGGUCAGGUACUAACUAAAGAGAUGGAAUGCAGUGUGCUUUUUGAGACACUAGGGGGAGCCUGGUAUUAACUAAACAGCUUGCCAUUCAACAGUCUCAGGAGGGUUCUUGUACUAAACAGAUGGGGGUUCACUCUAGGUCAUAAAUACAAUUACCUACUAAGUAGCAAGAAUGCCUCAGCAAUCCCCAAGCCUUCCAGUGCCUCUGGGGGCUUCCUGAUGGAAAACUACACAAACUGAGUUUUUUAAAUGUUAACUCCACUUAGGCUUCUGUUUUCCUCAUAUCCUAUUUUUAAUUACUUCCAAUAAAUCAUUUGCUCAGCCUUCUAGCACUGUCUUCCUUUGUAUUUGUCAGAUUUAUGAUGCAUUGUUUCAGUCUACCCUUAAAGAAGUCAAGCCAAAAAUAGAGGUGAGGGCUACUUUGCUUCUUAAUGUAGGCCUACUGUGCACACCACACACUCUCUCUGAGGGACUGUAGCUAUUAGAUACUGUCCUCACACCCUCGAGCUACCAGCCAGGGCUCUAAGUUGCUCUCGUGAUCUUAGUUAGAAAUACAGGCUACAGUGUUUGGUCAGAAUUUAUUCGAAUGUCUUUAUUUUUAAUACCAACAUCAGCAUAAAUCUAUUUUUGCUAGUAGAUCAAAGCUAUUUUCACACGCUCUGUUUUCUAUCUUGUAUCGAUCCUGCGAAUCAGUGAUUAUCUUUGUUGGAAAACCUUAUCAAAUGUGUCUGCAAAUCAAGAUGGUCUAAAGUGCAAGCCAGUUUUUUGUUUGCUUGUUUUUGAAACUGGGUUUAGGGGAUACAGUUGUCAGAAGUGACUCAUUCGCUUCAUUUGUGAUGAUUUUUUUUUAAUCUUCCUCUGUUAGCCCACAGGACAUGUUUUGGGGAAAAUGAUACUUGUAAAUCUUCUAUUUAACCAUUUGUAAAAUCUAAAUCAUACCCCACUCCCCACUCCCAUUUCGAUUCUCCAGCGGCUCCUUUUAGUUUGUUGUCUUGCCCUACUGUGUAGCUCACUGACUGAGAAUAAAGAAUACAGCAAAGGC